AUGUGGCGCACAUCACAUCGUACUUCCGCAGCUUGUUUGCUGGCAUUCCCGUCAUCGCUACAGAUGGAGACGCCGCCGAAGGAAAAGGCCGUCGAGUCGUCGCAGUCCAAGCAGCUGCACGCGCGGCUCAAGCGCCAGAUGGAGAGCGAAAUGGACGUGGAGGGGAACCCAGAGAUGGAGCGCAUGGGCGACGAAGUGCCCGUGCAUGCAGCGGCGAUCAAGGCGCUGGCUGACGACUUCGACGACGACGAUCUCAGUUGA